UCGUAUCAUGGUUAAAGUGGUUAAAGCUAUUUAUUUUCUCAGUUUUCAAAUCCUGAGUGCGUGGGAAUGUAUACUAUAUUGAAGUUAACUUCUACAUAAUAAUUAUGUCUUUGUCAGAAUUUAAAGAACUUAUCAGCGGCUUAGCCGUUGUAACAACAGUAUUGAAUUUUUUGGCAGGAAUGUUGGUGUGCAAGCAAUAUGUGGUGAAUAGAUCCACAGCUGAAGCAUCACCACUGCCUUUUCUAACUGGUGUUCUAGCAUCAGCCUUGUGGCUCAUGUAUGGAAUCACCAAAAACGAUAAUAAGAUAAUAUUAGUGAAUACAAUAGGAAUAACCCUCAUGACUUUAUAUUCCCUUGUGUUCUUUAUGUACACCUACAAGAAGUCUACUACAUUUAAACAAAUGGUUGUUACAAUGUGCUUGCUGGUAACAUCUGUGGGAUACUUAAGAUUUGAGGAAGAUAAAAAAAUUCUUCUUGGCCGACUGGGAACGGUUGCAUGCCUCGUCACACUGCUAGCUAUAGCUGCUCCCAUGAGCAAGCUGUUCUAUGUAUUGAAAGUGAAGAGCACAGAGUGCCUUCCGUUCCCUAUGAUCCUGAUGUCGUUCUUCGUGUCGAGUCUUUGGUUCCUGUACGGUGUUAUAGAGGAAGAUAAUUAUUUAAUAUUACCAAAUUUAGUCGGAGCUGGUCUUUCGGUGUUCCAACUUUCGCUGUUUAUCAUCUUCCCGCGGACGCCGUACACCCCUCUCUUGCCUAAGAGCGUGGUGGCGUAAUCUACAGGGUGAUAAGCUAUUGAACAGAAGGAGAAUUAUGUAAGUUUGAGUUAGAUUUUACUACUAAAUAGGUGCUGCUGGUAGCGUUGAAAAAACCAUGAAAAAUACAUGUAUUUUGUUUUCAUGACAUUGCUUGACAAGAAAAAUACAUCGUCAUACCUAUAACAUUUAAAAUACAUGCAUUUUUCAUGGCUUUUUCAACGCUAGCUGGUGGGCUAUGCAAAAACAUCUAGUGACUGUGAUGUACUUCCCCCAUAGCAUACAGCUUGGCAAAAAAAGAGUAGAAUUGGACUAACUUUUUUUUAUCAUAGCAACACUUACUUUUUUCAUACAGAAGUGUCAUAAUAGUUGCCACAUGCAAAGCGGUUUUCAUAGACGGUGGCGCCGCUAUUAUUACUCUUUUUGCCAGGCAAUCCACAUCUAUAGUAUAGAUGUUACAUUCACAAAGACGCGUGCUUUGGUUCUUAUUGUUGUUUGAGUUCAUAAAAUAAAACGAGUAAGGUGCACUAGGGUAAUUCCGAAUGACAGAAAUGCUCUGGUAAUUCCGAAAGGGGAAUCUUGAUAUGAUGGAAAUAAUGGUGAUAUUUGUGCGACUUUCGAAAUUCGACAACUUUCGGAAUUACCCUAAUGUACCUUAGUAAAAAAGGGAAAAAAAUCUACGAGUAUUGAUUAUACUCAAUGACAACUUUUAUAGAUCUCUGAUUAUUGCCGCCAGUUAAUAUUUUUAUGUCCAUGACAUAACAUAAUAUAAAAUAUUGUUUGAUUUUAUUUUAUGUAAUAAAAUAUUGAUACGAUCUGUUUUGAGUGACCUGUAUUCCUGUUAAUAGAAUAAAAAUAAUGUCAAUUAUAAAGAGACUAUAAAAAUUAA